AUGGUUUGCCAAACAAGGAGCCAAGCCAGGCAGCAGGCCGAAAAACGCGACACUCGCCAAACUCAACAAGACGGGAACACAACACCUGACAUUGUUUAUCCAAGGACAGUCAGAGUUGCAGCCCGUAGCCCCAAAGGACGAGGGCGGAAACGAGCACCGAAACAGACUAAAAAGCGAAACCAGGCUCCUCGUGUCCCUCCCUCAUUCAACCAUCUCCCCACUGAGAUUCGCGUCAUGAUUUGGGAGGAGUACGUCCGUACGCCUCGCAUCAUUCGCAUCGAUGUACUGAAGGAGACACCAACAAAGGCAGAGCAAGGGUACGUUGUUCGAUUCCGGGCGGACGAAUAUCAAGGCAAAUCCGAACAGGUCUGCCCCCUGGUGGGUGUCAACCGCGAGAGCAGAUACGUUGCACUGCAUGCGAUGAAGGAAUCUUUGAUUCAUUUCACAGUUAGUUGUAAUAUUGAAAAGCCUAAACGAUUUCAGCCAACUUCCAGCAUCCGACGCAACUUCAGCAUCAGAAGCCAUGACGUCGUAUUCUUUGAAAAUUCAGGCUCAUCUACCUUCAGAAGGAUGUGGCUUUAUGGAGAUACGCCCAGAAUCACGAAUGUCAUGGUGGAUCUCGAUGUUUCUGAUAUCAAUUACAUGAGCAAUGAUGCGAUUCCACAGUGGGAAGAUAUGUUUGAAAUGGCACAACAUCUAACUAAAGAGCUCAAAAACAAGGAACAUCUGCAGAAUAUCUAUUGUCUGAUGCGAAAUGACAAGACCCUGCUCUAUGGUAUUGAUUCCGUACAGGAACUGACACCAGAGAGGUUGUAUCUAUUUCCAAAGGAGCGCGAAGGUGAUCUCCUGCAGUGGCUGCAGGAAUUUGAUAUAUUUCUCCAAGCCGUUGACCAUGGAACGAUACGUCUGUUCUAUGCUCAGGAUUUCAACGCAGUGAGGACUGUAUGGAAAAAUGUAAUGCCUACCACUGGGUCUACAGAUGGAAGUCAAGGCCCGUCGUCAAUAGCGAGAACUUAA